AUGAAAUGCGCAGAAACCGCAAGGCAUGAGUGCGUCUCGGAAGAUGCCCUGCAACACCUCCGAACGUACAAAUACUCGAGUGUCGACAAAUCCUUCAUCUCGCGCUACAUUCUCAAGCAUUACUGGAAUGCCUUUGUCGAACUACUGCCGCUAUGGCUUGCGCCGAACCUCGUCACAUUGUUAGGCUUCUUUUUCAUUCUGGGGAAUAUAUUCCUGCUCGAGCUAUACAUCCCGGAUCUGGUCGGACCGGCGCCCUCAUGGGUAUAUUACAGCUUCGCCUUUGGCAUGUGGAUGUACUCCACCAUGGACAACGUCGACGGAAAGCAAGCGCGCCGAACCGGCACAUCGAGUCCGCUCGGAGAACUUUUUGACCAUGGAAUAGACUCUUUGAACUGCACCUUGGCUAGUCUCCUCGAGACGGCGGCCGUAGGAUACGGAAGCACCAAGAUUGGCGCUUUCACUGCGUUGAUCCCCGUGCUGCCCAUGUUCUUCUCGACGUGGGAGACAUAUCACACGCAUACGCUGUAUUUGGGCUACUUCAAUGGUCCCACAGAGGGAUUAAUCCUCGCAUGCACCUUCAUAUGCAUGUCCGGCUACUUUGGUCCUGAAAUCUGGUCCACACCCCUAGCCACCUACUUCCCGUCGUACGCCUCUGAAAUCGGCAACGUCACGCUAAAAGAACUCUGGGUCCCCAUUAUCCUCUUCACAUUCUUCGUUGCCCAUCUCCCCGCCUGCAUCGUCAACGUCGCGAAAGCACGCCGAGCCAGGAAUGAGCCGUUGCUCCCGCUACUCAAAGAAUGGACACCGCUGGUUAUCUUCGUCACUUGCACCAUGGCGUGGCUUGGAUCCCCUUACUCCAAGUUACUUGAAGACAAUCAUCUCGUCUUAUACUGCCUGACCAUGAGUCUGGUGUUUGGACGUAUGACGACAAAGAUUAUCCUCGCGCAUCUUACGCACCAACCCUUUCCCUACUGGACUAUUAUGCUUGCGCCUAUGAUUGGUGGUGCGCUGAUUGUCAACCACCCCUAUUUCACGAUUCCUGGUACGACGUUUGGACCAGUCUCGGCUAGUUUCGAGCUAUGGUACCUCCGCGCGUACUUUGUCUUCGCCGCCGUGGUUUAUGGCAAAUGGGCGCAUUUGGUUAUUACGAGUAUUUGCGAUUACCUGGGCAUCAACUGCUUGACGAUACCAAAGAAGAGUGGAGAGGUGAAGAAUGGACAUGUUGUUGAUGGGAAGGGACGAACCGACUAA